AUGGCAGACAAGGCACCUAGUACAGAGACCAAGGGGGCUGGAGAAGGAGGGAUCCAGCUCGUAUGCACGUCCCAGGGCUGGUUCCCUGAGCCCGAGGUCUAUUGGGAGGCCACGUGGGGAGAAGAGCUGUUGAGUUUCUCUCAGAAUCACGUGCUGGGUGAAGACGGGCUGUUCUAUGUGGAAGACACACUAGUGGUCAGGAACGACACUUCAGAGACCUAUUCCUGCUUCAUCUACAACCGUGGCCUCGAAGAGGCCAAGGAGGCCGUCAUUGCCCUGCCAGAGAAACUCCAGACAGAGCUGGCUUCCUCAAGGGUGAUUGGACCUUCCCAGCCCAUCCUUGUCCGAGUCGGAGAGAACAUAGAAAUAACGUGUCACCUGUCACCUGAAGCUGACGCUCAGAGCAUGGAGGUGAGGUGGGUCCGGUCCCACUACUACCCCGCAGUCCACGUGCAUGUGGGCGGGGCCCACUCGGCGGGAGAGCAGAUGGCGGAAUACAGAGGGAGGACUGUGGUGAUGAGAGAUGCCGUGCACGAGGGAAAGCUGACCCUGCGGAUACACGAUGCCCGAACUUCAGAUGAUGGGAGGUACCGGUGCCUUUUCGGGAAAGACGGUGUCUACCAGGAGGCCCGUGUGGAUGUGCAGGUGAUGGCGGUGGGCUCCACCCCGCGGAUCACCCAGGAGGUCCUGAAGGAUGGAGGCUUGCAGCUGAGAUGUACAUCUGAUGGGUGGUUCCCACGGCCCCAGGUGCAGUGGAGGGACAGAGGCGGAAGGGCUGUGCCAUCGUUUUCCGAGGCCUUUCAUCAAGGGAGCCAGGGGCUGUUCCAGGUGGAGACGCUUCUGCAGGUCACAAACGGCUCGGUGGUGAAUAUGACCUGCUCCAUCAGCCUCCCUUGGGGCGAGGAGAAGGCUGCAUGGUUUUCCCUCUCAGACUCCAGGAUAGCUCUGCUGUGGAUGGCCCUGCCCGUUCUGCUGCUGCCUCUUGCCAUGGCUGUUGACCUGCUGAAGGCGAAGCACCCUCGGAAAGGGUUCUCCAUGGAGCAGGACCCACUCCUGUUGGUCACAGUGAGGGACCCCUAUACCGGAGACAGCCCAUCAUCAUCUUGGCACAGUGAUGGCAUCUUCCCUUCCUUUGUGCUCUUCUGCUGUCCCUCAGGCUGGGGACCAUCCCUCACCUGUACACAGCUGUUUUAUGCCAUCACCUUCUAG